AUGGCUACCUUCUAUACCGUUAUUGGAAAAGAAAGAUACAAAGGUAGGGUUCCCUACAAGGGGAGCUACGUAAGUACAAAGAGCGACUACCUGAAGCGGCCCUACCUGCUGUGCGCUCGAAAUGAAUUAAAUAAAGAAGAGGAAGCAGAAGCAGUAGUAAUAGUAGAAAAAGUAAUAGAAGAAAACAUGAUAUCGAAUAAUUUAGAAACAAAGAAACCGCCUCCUAAUUGGUUCAUUGUGCAGGAAGUAAUAAAUCGACAAAUAGGUAGUAAUCCAUUAUUCCAAAGAAGAUUUUAUAGUUCUUUACAUGCAGUAAAUCGACUGGAGUUUAAGUACAAACUCCAUGACAUUGAGGAUGUGAGUGCCUUAAGUUUCAAUCAAAACGGAAACUUAUUAGCAAGUGCCGCUUUAAACAAAGUUUCUAUUUGGGAUUGGGCUGCAAGGAAAAAGCGUUGUUGCCUUCCAAGUGGCAUACUAACCGAGGCCAAAUGGCUGCCUUUAGACGUAGAAAAUUUUAUGGUCACUCGUGAAGACUAUGGUGAUAUACAUUUAUUAGAUCUUGAAUACAACUCAAGGAAACAAUUGUUGCACUAUGAAUCAUCCUUUCAUAAUUUGGUACCACGUAGGCAUCUUUUUAUGAAUGACAGGUCAUUGGCUGUGCAUCCUGAAAUACCCUAUGUCGUGUUUUCUGCUGGAAAAGACUCGAUUUUAUCCAUAGAUAUCCGGGAGGAUCCAUCAAAAUUGGUCGAUAUGAAGAAAUUUCGAAAUAGUACGUUAACAAGUAUACAUUGUAAUCCUUCUAAUAGUAAUGAAUUUUGUGUCAGCGGUCAUUUUUCCUGCGUAAGGGUGUAUGAUCAGCGAAAUAUUUCAAAACCACUUUAUCAAUUGUGGACCACCAAGUAUGGCAAGGAUUAUUAUGAGUACGGCCGUGGAACAAUCGCCAUGUAUAAUCACGAUGGGACAGAGAUUCUCACAUUGUUUCAUGCUUCCAAAAUAUUAUUAUUUGAUAAAUCAAUGUGGUCAUGUGAAGGAACUUCGAAUCAUACAUUAUUUGAAAGCAAUCAAUUUAGUUCUGUACCUGGUGUACCUGCUGAGGUAGCCGAGAGAUAUACUAGACGUAUACUUGGAAUCAAUUUUUUCGGACCUAAAAGUGAAUUUAUUAUAUCUGCAUCCGAUCUUGGUGAUAUAUUCAUUUAUGACAAGGAGAAAAGAACUGCGGCACAGUGGUUGAGAGAAGAUUACAAAUACAUGUUGAGUCAUCAUUGCUUAGGUCAUCCCCAUAUUCCUAUCCUUGCAACGGCAAGUACCACCGUCACCACGAGGACCACCUUCACGACCGAGUCCGUCCACUCCAGAGGAGCGUUAUUGGACAUUACCCGCGACUCCACGUUCACAAAGGUCUCCGCCACAUCGAGUACAGUCACCUCAAAUCGUACGGAGAUCUACGAGACCUCGCCACCCUCCACUACGUUAUACACCAAGCUAACGGCAUUGUCCUUAGAAAUCCAUGUACUCUAA